AUGGCCAGCAUUCUGGGGGAAUUGCUGAGCAGUGCUUUGGCCUGCAUCGUGAUCACGAGCUCCCUCAGGUCUGUAGUUUCACUCAUUACUUCUCUCCCUGUCUCUCCUCCCUCCCCCCAACAACAGUCCAUAGACCUCAACAAGCCCAUUGACAAGCGGAUCUACAAGGGCACCCAGCCCACUUGUCAUGACUUCAACCAGUACACAGCAGCCACCGAGACCAUCUCCCUGCUGGUGGGGUUCUCAGCUGGCCAAGUCCAGUACCUGGACCUUAUCAAAAAGGAUACCAGCAAGCUCUUCAAUGAGGAGAGGCUGAUCGACAAGACCAAGGUGACUCACCUGAAGUGGCUACCCGAGUCGGAGAGCCUUUUCCUGGCCUCCCACGCCAGUGGCCACCUCUAUCUGUACGAUGUGUCCCGCCCGUGCGGCCCUGCACCGCCCCAGUAUGCCUUGCUCAAGCAGGGUGAGGGCUUUGCCGUCUACACUGCCAAGGGGAAGGCCCCCCGCAACCCGUUGGCCAAGUGGGCUGUGGGCGAGGGCCCCCUCAACGAGUUCGCCUUCUCCCCGGACGGGCGGCACCUGGCCUGCGUGAGCCAGGACGGCUGCCUGCGCGUCUUCCACUUCGACUCCAUGCUCCUGCGAGGCCUCAUGAAGAGCUACUUUGGCGGCCUGCUGUGCGUAUGUUGGAGCCCUGACGGGCGCUACGUCGUGACGGGGGGCGAGGACGACCUGGUCACCGUGUGGUCCUUCACCGAGGCCCGCGUGGUUGCCAGAGGCCACGGCCACAAGUCCUGGGUCAACGCUGUGGCUUUUGACCCGUACACCACGAGGAGCGAGGAGGAGCCCGAGGAGGAGGGGGCCCCGCAGAGCGGGAGCGAGCUCGAGGCCGGCUCCUUGCCCCGGCUGCCUCCCCCCGCCGUCACCUACCGCUUCGGCUCGGCCGGCCAGGACACCCAGUUCUGUCUGUGGGACCUGACAGAGGACGUGCUCUACCCGCGGCCCCCGCUGGCGCGGCCCCGGGCUCUAGCCGGUGGCGCGGAAGCCACCCCCGUCACCCCGGGGUCACUGCCCCGUUCCCUCUCCCGUUCCAACAGCCUCCCGCACCCAGCGGUGAGCGGCAAGGGGGCCGGGGCCGGCACAGGCGGGGCCACGGAGCCCGGGACCCCUUUCAGCAUUGGCAAGUUUGCCACGCUGACCCUCCAGGAACGUCGCGAUAAGGGUGCUGACAAAGAGCACAAACGGUACCACAGCCUGGGUAACAUCAGCCGGGGCAGCGGCGGUGGCGGGAGCAGCGGAGACAAGCUGGGAGGGCCGGCCCCCCGGGGCCGCCUGGACCCAGCCAAGGUGCUGGGCACAGCCCUGUGCCCUCGGAUCCACGAGGUGCCCUUGCUGGAGCCCCUGGUGUGCAAGAAGAUUGCCCAGGAGCGCCUCACCGUCCUCCUGUUCCUGGAGGACUGUAUCAUCACCGCCUGUCAGGAGGGUCUCAUCUGCACCUGGGCCCGGCCUGGCAAAGCUGGCCUCUCCUCCCAGCCUGCCAACUCCCCCAGUGGUACCGUGGUAUGAAGCUCGUGGACUCGGCCGCCCCCGCCUCUCAGCCUCCUGGUCCAUGUCCCGUCUGCUCCAUCCUAGCUCCCCUUAAUGUGUUCAUGAGACUAACAGUGGAAGGGGUCCUUGUCUAGUCCUCCGCCUGCUCCAGGCCUUGCACAACGCCAGGGGCGGCCCUGGUCUGGCCUGGGGAGUGCGGGGCCCAGUGUUCUCCCCCUCCGAGACGGUCAGUGUUACCCCCUCGCUCCCCUGCAUGUGAUGACAGCCAGCCUCCCCUUCGACCUCAGCUCUUUGCACUGGUCCCACUGAGGCAGGGGCAGGGGGGCUCUUCCCCUUGCUGUCCUGAGGCCCUUGAAGAGUGUUCUAAAUUAUGGAAACCCCAGUGUCUCUGCCUCUCCCUCCCCACACCCUUCAACCUUAUUUAUAGUAAAAGCUCCUCGUUUUUACAGUC